UUACUUGGGGGCUUUGGCGCCAAGAAGGAAGUAUUUGGUGUAAUUAAAGAUAUUUCACUAUAAAUGCAGAUUUAUGUAGCAUGACAGAAUGACAAAUGACAUUGGCAUCACAGAAUUGAGUACAUCUGAUACAUCGUCAAUAUUUAUUAUCUUUUAAAGACUGAAAAUGAAUCUUAUACAGAACAGAUAUAACUCUCCUUAUAUAAAUCUGUGGCAAAUUACUGGUAAAUAUUUUUUUUGAACUGAAAUUCAAAACAAUAAUUGUCUUCUUGACUGUCUGGAAUAUGUACAAGAUAAGUUUGCAUCUGAAUUAAACUUGGAUGGAUUUAUAAAGGAGUUUGCAACCCAAAUCAUGUAUCAACAAGGAUCACAGUAGUAUAAAUAUUUAUUAGGACGAAAAUAUAUCAACAUCUGGAAAUUGUGAGGAAAGAACAAUGAUGGAAGAUGAAUUAUGUGAGAAUAAGUUUAAGUCUAAAUUACAGAUUGAAAGUAUUGAUUUGCCUAGUGACAUGAAUAAUGAGGAAGGGAACACAUCACUCCACUGUGAAAUUUGUGGUAAAUCAUUCUCUAAAAAUUGUAACUUAACUAGGCACAAACAUAUUCACUCAGGAAAAAGAACAUAUCACUGUGAGAUCUGUAGUAAAUCAUUCUCUGGAAGAGGUUCCUUAAACCAACACAAACGUAUUCACACAGGAGUUAAACCAUAUUUUUGUGACAUAUGUGGUAAAUCUUUUUCUCGAAAGAUUCGUUUAACUCAGCACAAACGAAUUCAUACAGGAGAAAAGCCAUAUUCCUGUGAUAUCUGUGGCAAAUCAUUUCCCCUAAAAGAACAUGUGACUAACCAUGUACGUACUCACACAGGAGAGAAGCCAUAUCAUUGCGAAGUCUGUGAGAAAUCAUUCUCUCAACGUGGUGAUUUAACCAGACACAAACUUAUUCACACAGGAGAGAAGCCACAUCACUGUGAAAUCUGUGGUAAAUCAUUCUCUCGAAAUUCUCACUUAACUCAGCACAAACGUGUCCAUACUGGAGAGAAGCCAUAUCAAUGCGAUAUCUGUGGCAAAUCGUUCUCUCAUGGAAAUAAUGUAGGUGUACACAAGCGUAUUCAUACAGGAGAAAAACCAUAUCAUUGCAAUAUCUGUGGUAAAUCGUUCUCUCAGAAUGGGGAAUUGACUUCGCACAAACGUAUUCAUGAAGGGGAGAGGCCACAUCACUGUGAUGUCUGUGGUAAUUCAUUCUCUCAGAAAAGUCAAUUAACUGCACACAAAUGUUUUCAUAGAGGGGAGAAACCAUAUCAGUGUGAUAUCUGUGGUAAAUUAUUCACUCGAAAUGGACACUUAACAAGACACAAACGAAGUCAUACAGGAGAGAAACCUUAUCACUGUGAUAUCUGUGACAAAUCGUUCUCCGUAAGAAGUAACUUGACUAAACACAAACGUAUUCAUACAGGAGAGAAGCCAUAUUGCUGUGAUAUUUGUGGUAAAUCAUUCUCUCGGAAUGAUUAUUUAAUUGGACACAGACGUACUCACACAGGUGAGAAGCCAUAUCACUGUGAUAUCUGUGGUAAAUCAUUCUCUCGAAGAAAUCACUUAACUGAACACAAACAUAUUCACACAGGUGAGAAACAAUAUCACUGUGAUAUCUGUGGUAAAUCAUUCUCUCGAAAUUCUAUCUUAACUGAACACAAACGUAUUCAUACAGGAGAGAAACCAUAUUUCUGUAACAUCUGUGGUAAAUCCUUCUCUAACAGCAGUAAUUUAACAAAGCACAAAUAUAUUCACACAGGAGAGAAACCAUAUCGCUGUGAUAUCUGUGGUAAAUCAUUCUCUGAAAAAGAUGCCUUAACUAUACAUAAACGUAUUCAUACAGGAGAGAAACCAUAUCAAUGUGAUAUCUGUGGUAAAUCAUUCUCUGUAAAAAGCUCCUUAACUAAGCACAAACGUAUUCACACAGGAGAGAAACCUUAUUGCUGUGAUAUUUGUGGUAAAUCAUUCUCUCAAAGGAUUCACUUAACCAGACAUAUAGGUAUUCAUACAGGACCAUAGCUAUAUCAGUGUCAUUAUUGAGGUUGUCAAGGAUAGUUUCAAUAAAUCUUGAAUUGAUCUUGUCUAAUUUUUAA